AUGGAAGCAAUGGAGGAUGAGUUGAAUUAUGAAGUGGUUUUAUUCAAGACUCAUGGUACUUCUACACAGGAAGGCAGAGAUGUGGAGAAAUCCGUGUAUGCUGCGGUGAAGUAUAAGGAAGAGGAGACUGAUGAAAUCUCUCCCAUUUCAGACAAGAAGAAGAAAUGUCUUCCCUACAUUCCUCUUUGGUUGGUGACAGUGGGUCUGGGCAUUCUCUGUGUCAUCUUGAUAUCAGUCAUCAUUGCCCUCUGUUGUCACUUCAUCUCAGUCAACGUGAGACUGUGGAGCAAGCUGAGCAGCCUGGAGAGACAGACAGUCUGCAAGCCCUGUCUGGACGGCUGGCUACCUUUCCAGUCGAGCUGUUACUGGUUUGCCGAUUCUGGUUUUUCUUUGCACUGGAAGACCUGGGAGGAAAGCCAGAGCCACUGUAGAUAUUACCAGGCACAUUUGGUGACGAUUGAGAGUCAAGAGGAACAGGAAUUCAUCAAUAACCAUACAGAAUUCUAUCAUGAUGAAAACCAUGGUUACUGGAUUGGUUUAACGGACAACACUGCAGACAGACAGUGGCGGUGGGUCAGUGGAAGUCCCCUCACCCUGAGCUUUUGGACGACUAGACGAUCGUAUUCCAGCUUCCGCUGCGGCCUCAGUAAAGCACGGGGAAGAGCCGGGGCCAGCUGGGGGAAAGCCAGCUGCUCCAUGAAGAACCGAUGGAUGUGUGAAUCGAAAGCCUUGACCAAGCCUGAUUAGUUUGUGCUGCUUUGUUCUGCAAAAUCCUUCUCAGGUAUGCACCGUUUUACAAAGCGACCUGUGAUGGAAAGAUGUCUGGCACCAAAGCACAGCUUGUUGCAGAGAUCAGCCACACCGAGCCCUACUCACAAGCACACAGCAACAGAAUAAUCAUGAUGAUGAUGACAGGGUGGAGUGAUCAGUGAUAGAUUAGCUCAGAUUACCCAAGCGUUUUGUAGUGUACCAGUUUA